CUCCUCCUCCUCCUCCAAACAUGGCGCCGGCUCGCUGCUGGGCUGCCUCCCCGACCGACGACGCAGAAAAGCAGAGAAAGAAGCGCAGAAGCAGCGGGUAGAAACUUUCUUUUAACGUUUUUAGAAUUUGUUUUUAACUUUCUCCCGCUGUUUGGAGAGAUCCACGGCAGACUUUUACGCGCAGCCUGCUUGUUUGGAGACGUUUGCGCGUCAGGGUGUGUGCGUAACGCGGAUCUCACCUGACCGACGAAGGUAGAUUUCACUCCGCUUGUUGUAGGAUGUGAAUCUCCCUGAUUUCCCCUGGUUGCGGAGCGCAGAGGCGGACAUCUGCGGGGAAAACAUGCGCAGCCCUGUGAGGAGCAGCACCGCAGGCGCAGCUGAGGACUGAGACUUUCCACGGAGGAAAAAGAAGUUUUCCACUCUUCAGGAUGGAUGGAGAACAUUCAGGAGUUGAGAGGGAAAGAGAGAGGCUUCCACCCAUCUUCACCAGCUCUCCUCCUGUUUUGGGACGAGGACCCAAGCAGCCGUUUCCGUCUCUGGGAACCUUCAUCUCCACGCUAAGCCAGAGGAGAGAUGCAGGAGGGCGGGGCUUCGCCAUAGGCAUCGGGGGCCCGCUGACCGGCCCGCUGGGGAUCAGGCACACGGUGAGAGAGCUGCCUCCCAUCUGCAGCGACGUCCGGCAGAAACAGCGGCUCUCCAUCGACACGCUGCCUCAGGAAGUCAAAGCUCCGUUCCCCUGCGACCCCGUCAUCCCCAUCCGGACCAAAACCACCAAGGAGUUCCAGGAGGACGUGGAGCGAGCCGCCCAAUCAGGUGACUGGAGGGAAGUCAGAGAGUUUUACCUGACGACCUUCGACUCCUUCGUAGAAAUCAACGCCGCCUUUAAGCGAGAGGCGAACGGAUUGUUCAACACUAUCGAGGACUCAGGGGUCAACGGCAAGUUCGUCAGCGCGGUUUACGACUCGCUGCUCAGCACACCUCAGGACAUCCAGAAGUCGGUCUUGAAAGGAAUCAUCAACAGCCUGCUGAGAGAGUGGAAAGGGCCUCGGACAAAAGACGACCUGCGGGCGUAUUUCAUUCUGAUCCAGAACCCCCAGUAUUCCAGCACCAGCACCUACGUGAUCUUCGCUCACCUGCUGCGGCAGAUCGCAGCGUUGUCCGAGGCCGACCACCACUUCCUGGUUCACUGGCUCAAGAGGCUGUCAGCCAGGCGCUUCCGGCAGCUGGUGGAGCGCCUCCUGCAGUUCAUCUCCACGCGCCUGUUUUCUGCAGAAGCAGACGAGCUUCCUCCUUCAGCCAAGUGUUCCUGGUGGAUUCCCUCGGCCACCAAAGUGCUCAGCCUGUUCAAUGCAGCCAACAGCGUCUCCUCUCCUCCCAUCAUGCCCUUCACCGACUUCUACAACAUCACUCUGGAGCACAUAGACUUCAUGGAAGACUACAGGACCUGGCAGAACUACGGCAACUCAAACAGGUUUUCUUUUUGUCAGUUUCCCUUCAUCCUGUCGACUGUGGUGAAGAAAGCCAUCAUUCAGAAGGACUCGGAGCAGCAGAUGAUCAGCCAGGCCAGGCUAAGCCUGGUGAGCAAAGUGUCCCGCAGGCAGAGGGUGGACAUGAACCUGCUGUUCCUCAACAUUAAAGUUCGACGAGCACAACUCCUGAGCGACUCGCUGGAUGAGUUGAUGAGGAAACGGUGCGACCUGAAGAAGAAGCUGCGGGUGACGUUUGUCGGGGAGGCGGGGCUUGACAUGGGCGGUCUGACGAAGGAGUGGUUCCUGCUGCUGGUUCGUCAGAUCUUCCACACUGACUAUGGGAUGUUUUCCUUCAUGAAGGACUCGCGCUGCCACUGGUUCAGCAGCUGGAAGAGCGACAACUACUCUGAGUUCCAGAUGGUCGGGACUCUGAUGGGCUUAGCGGUUUACAACAGCAUUGCUCUCGACAUCCACUUCCCUCUCUACUGCUACAGGAAGCUGCUCACUCCGCCCACUGUACCAUCUGAUCCUAAUGCUUUCGUUGGCACGGCAACGGCCACCUUGGACGACCUGCAGCAGGUCAUGCCUGAUUUGGCUCACGGGUUGGCGGAGCUGCUGAGCUACGAGGGAAACGUGGAGGAGGAUUUCUACCUCACCUUCCAGGUGUUCCAAGAGGAGAUGGGCGUUGUCAAAUCCUACAACCUGAAACCCGGAGGAGACAAAAUCUCCGUCACCAAGCAGAACAGGAAGGAGUACGUCCAGCUCUACAUCGACUUCCUGCUGAAUAAAUCCAUUUACAAACAGUUUGCUGCCUUCUACCACGGCUUCCACAGCGUGUGCGCCUCCGACGCUCUCAUGCUGCUGCGGCCGGAGGAGGUGGAGAUGCUGGUGUGCGGCAGCCCGGAGCUGGACAUGAGCGCUCUGCAGAAAGCAGCUCAGUACGAAGGCUACGGCAAGAUGGACGCCACUGUGAGGUUCUUCUGGGACGUGGUUCUGGCGUUCCCUCCGGAGCUGCAGAAGAAACUGCUGCAUUUCGCCACCGGCAGCGACCGCGUUCCCGUCGGAGGAAUGGCCGACCUCAACUUCAAGAUCUGUAAGAUCGACGUUCCGACAGACUGGCUGCCCAUCUCUCACACCUGCUUCAACCAGAUCUGUUUGCCUUCGUAUCGAACACGGAAGGAGCUCAAACACAAACUCACCAUCGCCAUCUCCAACGCCGAAGGCUUCGGCCUGGAGUGAAGGGCCUGCAGACAGGAACACCAACAGAGACUGUCACACUGCGUGGAUCUCUGUGGAUCUCUGUGGAUCAGGAACUGAGCAGGUCCCAUUGUCUCCUGAUAGGCAGAUCAGACCGGAGCUUUAACCCAACAGCUGAACAACGGCUCAACAAACCGCUUCAUUUCCACAUCAGCUCUGUUGGUUCUGCUUUAACAACCCGAUAAACACAAACCAAUUGAUCUGCAACACUGUGCAAAAGCUUUACGCAGUUUAAAUGUUUAUUUCCUCACUGCAGAGCUGAACAGACUCUUCAGUCUGGGAAACUCUGCCUGCCAAGUGAACAAGAGAACAAACCUGAUGCCGUUUACUAUCCGUUCCUAUUUUAGACUGAUGGUAAAACCUUUUGCAGCUUUAAAGUUUUGUUUUAUUGAUAAAACUUUUGCACAGUAUUGUUGAUGUUAUCUGGGAUAUAAGUCUGACUAGUCUCUGAUCAGUGAAAAUAACGUUAAAAAUUCCCGUUUUAAUGUUGUAACACACUGAGUUCUUGUUGAAGUCAGAAAAGUCCAAUCAUCAGUGGGUGAAAACGGUGGAGCCUCCAGCGUCAGGCAGGAUUGAUUUUGCAGGAAGCAAACAGAAACACCUGAAGACCAAACUGAACAACAUCCUCCUGGAAUGGCUGCCAGCCUGGAUUUGAACAUGAAAUCAACUAUUUUGAUUCUAAAUCUAUUGAUUUACAAACCGUGAUCAGUUUUUCAGAACAGAAACAAAGACAGUUGAGAACCUUUUUGGCAUAAAGUAUAAAUGCCUCCAGUUCCAGAUGAUGAACUUAAACUAAAUCAUCUGAAUAAACUCCUAAACUUUCAUUUUAUGAUCUGCACACCUGAUCCCAUAUAUUUAAAUAUGGCUGCCAUCCAGGAAGGCUAAUUAUUAUUUAUGUUAGAGUCACCGUGUUUUCCAGUUGGAGUUAUCAUGCAACAUGUUUUGCUUUUUGCAAAAAGCUCCCAUUUCUGCUGCAACAUUAACAGCAGAGGCUCCAUUUUAUUGUUUCUCAGGUAUUGAUUUGAAUCAAGGAUAUUUUUUUCUGCUCCUGUUUAUUCGCACACUGUUGGUUAUAAACGGAUUAAUCAGGAGAAUCGAGCUGUUGAAGUUUAACUGAAGGUAAAGCUCAUGUACGUAAGCUAGCUUGUUGGACGUAACGGUGUUAACGUCUGACACUUUAUGAUUUCCAGAAAUGUUUUUUAUUUGCUUUGUUUGCAGCACACUGUUACGACUGAACGCUUUACUCUGAAGAAUGCUUUUGUAUAUUAUGAGACGUAGCUUGUGGCUUGUUUCCUGUGACAUUGCGGCCAGUUUGAUUGAACAGAGGCUGCAGCAGAAGUGUUGCUUUGCAGUGUUUUGUCAGUGUGACGUUCAGGAGCCUGCAGACCGGCUGGUAGAGGAAUCGUCUUCCAGACUGGCUGCUGUGUUUGUGUGUUUGGUGCUUUUAAAUUAUUACUACAGGACGUCCAGUCCGGGUCCAACUGCACCGCCUCCAGAUCGAUGUCACUUUAUCCACACCUUUCCCAGUAACACCUUCCACUUAUUGAUCGCUCUGCUUGAUGCUCAGACCAGUUCUACCGACAACCCAACCUACUGACCCAUUUCUCUAAAGCUUCACCUGGUUGGGUUCGGUUUACCUCGGAGAUCAAAACCUUGGAUCUAGAAAUGAUUCGUCUUCCAGUUUCAGGUUGGAAAAUCAGGGAUGUUAAUUAUUUUAUUAGAUUGAAUUAAAAAGAAAACCAGUUAAAACUAUGUUUAUCUCUGUGAAGCGGCCAUGUUGGAAGUAGAGGUUGGUUUCUGAUGGGAAACAUUAAAGUUGGGAGUUGAAAUGCAACAUUGGAUGCAUAACUUGAAAAAAUCCUGAGCUUUGAUGACACAUCUAAAUAUUGGACAGCCUUCAAAUCAGUCACAAUAACACCAGAGUCCGAUAUUAACCAAUAAUCCAAAAAUUAUUCUAAUAAAACUCAAUAAAUUCUCUGAUUGAUUGAAAUGAUCAACACAAGAUUCCCAGUUUACCGUCUUCUAGUCCAGUAACUGAACGACUGGAUCUAAAAUCCCAAACUACAUCUACACGUUUACUUUCUGUGUUAAAGUUUAGAUGUGAAACAUCAGAACAUCAGACACACACCACUGAUCUCAUUUUAUAGAGUUAUGAUCAGUUAAUGACUAGCGGUUAGUUAAAUCCAGUUGGUUAUCACUGGUGGCUGAAAGCGUCGAGUCCGGCAGGAUGAACUCCAGUGACCAGCGGUGGUGGAUCUGUUCCUGCCACUGGCCCGGCUCUAAUCUGGGUCUCUGGUUCAGCGGCUCCCUGACAGGCUGUGGUCUGGAAAAGAUCCUCGCUCAACAUUCAGUUUUCACUUCAGAGCCCCAGAAGCAGCUUCAGAUGCUUCUGCACACGUCUGCAGUCCAGAACGUUCAGCUGAUUCUACCACUAAACCCGUCUUUUUUAGUGUUGGUUCUAGAUCUACGGUACUGUCUGGUCCAAAGUCCCAAAUAGCAAACUGACGUAUCCAGGCAACGGUGGAGAAACUUCUCUGGCUGCACCGUCCAAAUUUACAUGGCAGUAAUCUGGGUCACUCAUUCACUCAGCCAACAAUGGAUCCUUUAUGUUAUGUAAUGAUGGGGCUGGAGCUGCUCUGCUUAGAGACGGACCGGGCCAGAACCCCAGAACCGGGCCGCUGGUUAAAGGCUGGUUUCAGAAAUGUGUUUGACUUUGACUCGGUUCUGUUGCACGUCAAAUGGACCAAACUGUGUCAGGCUAUACAGUGGAGGAGUGAAGACCCGGUAGAAGAUCCGUUUGAAAAUAGUUCAAACUGGUUCUCGGGUUUGUUGAGAUGUAAUUAUUUUCUCUGGUCAGGCGUUUAAAUUAAACGAGGACGGAUCGGAGGAGGAGCAGCUGACCCGUGCAUGACCCGGUUUGUAAACCCGCUGUGGCUUUUGUUGCUGUGUAAGGUACAAUGAUGUGACUCCACAGAUAUUUGCAAUAAACCCAAACGAAGGCUCACGCCUCCUGAUAAAA